AUGGACGUCCUUUUAUUUUGGAGGAGGUCGUCCGUCCUUCCGUCCUCCUCAUUAAGUUCUUCCUCCUCCUCCUCCCUUCCACCAGAGCCGGGUUUAUCUUUAUCGGCUAGCUGCCACCCGCGCCUGUGCGCCAUGGACUCUACUCUCUUCAUCAUCGGCGUCAUAGGGAACAUCAUCUCGGUUCUGGUCUUCAUUUCUCCCAUCCCGACAUUCUGGAGGAUCGUGAGGAGCGGGUCGACGGAGGACUUCGAGGCGGCGCCGUACGUGCUCACGCUGCUCAACACGCUGCUAUGGCUCUACUACGGCCUCACCAAGCCCGACGGCCUGCUCGUCGCCACCGUCAACGGCUUCGGCGCCGUCAUGGAGACCAUCUACCUCGUGCUCUUCCUCGUCUACGCCGCCGACAAAGGCAAAAGGGUUAAAACCGCAAAGUUGGUGGCAGCUUUGGACAUUGGGUUUUUCGGGGUCGUUUUCGCGGCCACAACAUUUGCCAUUGAUGGGCUGGACAUGAAAAUCAUGGUUAUUGGCUUGAUAUGUGCAUGCCUUAGCGUGUUCAUGUAUGGGUCCCCACUCGCUGCCGUGCGAAGGGUGAUCACCUCAAGGAGCGUGGAGUACAUGCCCUUCUUCCUCUCUUUCUUCCUCUUCCUCAACGGAGGCGUCUGGGCCACGUAUGCCGUACUCGACAAAGAUGUCUUCCUCGGGGUCCCUAAUGGAACAGGCUGCUUCUUGGGCGGCAUCCAGCUGGUUAUCUAUGCGGUGUACAUGAACAGCAAGGUCGCCUCUCACUCUUAUGGCAGCGACGAAGCGGCUUCCCUUUUGUCCUCCGAGGCCAGCAAACAUGGCCAGCACGAUGCAUCCACUCGUGUUUAG